AUGUGUUUGGAACAUAAAGGAAGGAAUGCUUAUGCUAGAAUUCUUGUUGAAAUGGAAGCUGGGAAGGAAUGGAGAAAAAAGAUUGAUAUAGCUACUUGGGAUUUUGUAUCUAAUUCUGCUGUGAUUCAAAGUUUUGAUGUUGAGUAUGCUUGGAUUCCUUCUAGAUGUAAUCAUUGUAAAGUCUAUGGGCAUGUGGAUAAAGUUUGUGCUGCAGCUAUGAAUGUUGUGAAGGAGGAUAAUAAUGGAGAAGUGAGAAAUUUAAAGAAUAAUAAAGGGAAGGAAGUUGUUAAUGGGGAUGGUUUCACAGAAGUUAAAUAUAAAAAGGUUAAGGGUAACAAUGAUGGUGAAGGCACUAGCAAGUCUCAAGAGGGUUAUAAUCAAUUGAAUAAUAUGAAGAAUAAUGGGAAGAAUGGGAAUUGGAAAAGGGGUAUUUUCUCUAAAGGCAAUAAUGGGAACAGAGGUGGAAAUGGUAAAGGGCAAAAUUGGAAUUGGAGUAAUAAAGGAGUAAGUCACUGGAAUUUAGAAAAGAACAGAAAUUUCGAGAAGUUUGUUAAUGGGCAGGAUGUUAUAGGUAGUCGGGGGUUAAAGGAAAAUAAUAAGCAGGAGGCUAUAGUUAAAAAGGAUAAUAAGGCAGAGAUGGGCAAUUUUAGUCUUGGUAGUGAGAAUAUAACAGGGAAGGGAUUAAGUAAUAAAAAUAGUUUUGAAAUCUUGGGAGAGAUUGAAGAGGAAGUUUUGGAUAAAAUGGAAGAGGAUGAUAAGAUUGUGAAGGCAGUUGCUAAUCAAAUUGUUGAUAGUGGUGAUGCUGGAUUGGUUUCUAAUGAAAACAAGAAUAACAAAUUGAUUUCUUCAAUCAAGGGAGAGGAGAAGAAGAAAGGAAAUGAAAGUAAUAAAGUGAAUAAAGAUAAAUUGGAGUCGGAUAAUAAUAGCAGUAAGAUGGGGAGUUCUCAGGCAUUUGAGGAGGUAAAUGCCAAAAAUUCUAUUAUUUCCCAAUGA